CGAUUGGCAUAACAGUAAAUCAAUCACCAGCUGCUGGCAACCCUCAUAGUAUUUCGUUCAUGUUAAUUUGGUGAACGUGGAUUGAGGAAAGUUAAAAUACUAUUACUCUGUUGUUUCUGUUUACGAUCGUUCGGACGUCUGAAAAUGUCAUUCAACUAUUAUCCGAAGAACUUUCGCGCCAACGGCUGGGGUUGGCAUCGUACUGCAAACACGGCUAAAGCGGUCCGCGGGUUUUUAGAUAGAGAAAGGGAUGGUGAACACAGUGAUAUCGUUGGGAAUGGCCUGUAUCCAAAACUGCCAUCGGAAGAUGACUCCACGUUCAGUGGGGUCAAGUUGUACCCCGCCUUGCCAGUGGAGGAGUAUGAAAGUGGCGCUGUGGAGGAGGUCGUUGAGGAGGCAUGCGCGGCUGUCAAUGUAGAUAUGGCGCUCGGGGAAACACGACCAUCAUCUUACGGUCCGGCAUCGUACCAGGAUUUCAAGGAGAUCAAAUCCAGUUGUCUCGCUGAAGGAAGGCUGUUUGAGGACCCAGAGUUUCCAGCAACUGACCGGAGUCUUUACUACAAGGAGAGGUUGGACCGACCCAUCACUUGGUUGAGACCUGGGGAAAUCGUAAAUGAUCCACAACUCUUCGUGGAGGGGUACAGCCGAUUCGACGUGCAACAAGGAGAGCUUGGGGACUGCUGGCUUUUGGCUGCCGUCGCCAAUCUCACGCUGUAUAGGAAACUCUUCUUCCAAGUUGUUCCUGAUGAUCAGAGCUUUGACGAAGAGUACGCUGGCGUAUUUCAUUUUCGUUUUUGGCAGUACGGCCGCUGGGUUGACGUGGUGAUAGAUGACCGUCUACCGACGUACAGAGGGAAACUGGUCUUCUUACAUUCUUCGGAGACCAAUGAGUUCUGGAGCGCUUUGCUGGAGAAGGCGUAUGCCAAGCUCCAUGGAUCGUAUGAGGCCCUCAAAGGCGGCUCCACGUGCGAAGCUAUGGAGGACUUCACCGGUGGAGUCACGGAGAUGUAUGAGAUGAAUGAUCCGCCACCGAAUCUCUAUACUAUAUUAUUGAAGGCCUAUGAACGGAAUUCCCUUAUGGGGUGCAGUAUUGAGCCGGAUCCGAAUGUCCUGGAAGCGGAAACGCCAGUCGGUCUUAUCCGGGGUCACGCGUACUCUGUGACCCGGGUGAAAUAUGUGGAUAUAGAGACCCCGGGGAGGUCUGGAAAGAUUCCUUUGUUGCGUCUGCGCAACCCGUGGGGAAAUGAGGCAGAAUGGAACGGGCCAUGGAGUGAUAAGUCACCAGAAUGGCGUUUUAUACCCGAAUCGGAGAAGGAGGAGUUGGGCUUAACGUUUGACGAUGAUGGUGAAUUCUGGAUGGCUUUCAAGGACUUCAGUCAGCACUUUGACCGUCUGGAAAUAUGCAACUUGAAUCCUGAUUCUCUGGACCCGGCUGAGUGCCCCGAAGGCUGUACCAAGAAAUGGGAAAUGUCCGUCUUCGAGGGGGAGUGGGUUCGAGGUGUAACAGCCGGUGGUUGCAGGAAUUAUCUGGAGUCGUUUUGGAAGAACCCACAAUAUACGGUUACUCUGAAGGACCCUGAUGAGGAUGAUGAAGAAAAUAAGUGUACUAUAAUCGUAGCGCUCAUGCAAAAGAACCGUCGGUCCCAACGGCACCAGGGACUCGAGUGCCUCACCAUCGGAUUCGCGGUCUACCGUCUCCCGGACUACGGACAUGUGCCCAAGCCCCUCGAUAUCAACUUCUUCAAAUAUAACGCAUCUGUUGGACGCUCGCAGGCGUUUAUCAAUCUGCGUGAAGUUAGCGCUAGAUUUAAGUUGGAACAGGGCCGUUACGUCAUAGUCCCGUCCACCUUCGAACCGAACGAAGAGGGAGAAUUCCUUCUUCGAGUCUUCUCUGAGAAGGACAACAAUAUGGCUGAGAAUGACGAAGACGUUGGCAUGGGAGACGUUGAUGAUAGGGUGAAAGACGUCCUUCCAUCUCAACCGGAGCCAGCUGAUCCUGUGAGGCAGUUCUUUGACCGUCUCGCUGGAGAAGACGGAGAAGUAGACUGGCAGGAGCUGAAGGAGAUCCUGGAUUACGCCAUGAGAGAGGAAAUGGCAAUGCGUCACGGCGCUGCUUACGAUGGCGGAGGAGGGAGUCCCCAAGAGCAGAGUUGCCUAGAGCAGUUGCUCUGUGCACUCUGCACGCCCAUUUGCAAGGAGAUCGGGGUCGACUUGCAACAAGUAGCCCAACAGAAUCAGGAACAGGUGCAUUUGAAUCAGCCACAAUCGCAAGAACUCCGCGGUCAGGGUUUCUCGAAGGAUGUUUGUAGGAGUAUGAUCGCGAUGCUCGAUAAAGACAACUCGGGCGGACUCGGCUUUGAGGAGUUCAAAGCUCUUUGGAUCGACUUGCGACAGUGGAGGGCGGUGUUCCGUCUGUACGACACUGAGGGGCGUAGCGCAAUACCAGCUCAGCAUUUGAGAGACGCCCUUCACUCUGCCGGAUACACUGUCAACGCCCACGUCCUCAAUGUUUUGGCUCACAGAUACGGAACAAGUGAUGGCUACAUACAGUUCGAUGAUUUCAUUAUGUGCGCUGUGCGACUUAAAACUAUGAUUGCAAACAACGAGCCGCUUGAAAAUCUCGAACGUGAGCUGGCGGUCCCGUGAGCGAACAAACGGACACACGAACAAAAACCUUCAAAGGAAGAUCUUCUGGGGGCGAAUACGCUACGUUUUCCCUAGACGAAUGGUUGAAUCGCACAGUCUACUCAUAGACAAUUGCCUUAUACUAAACUAGUAUAUUCCUCUACUAUUUGAGUUAUAGAUUUGUCAAAAUUUGCUUUCUUAUUAACUGUAUAAAUUAUGAAAUAUUUUUAAGUGAUAGUACAAAUAUAUUAAUGUUGAAUCUCAAAUAUAACUGAUUAUGUCACAAUUUUCAUAUUACAUAAAGAGCAGUAUUUUUUUAUCCACCGAUUUUCCAUUCCAAUUUGCAGUCUUUGGUUGCUGUGCGAUUAAAGUUUAAGUUUACCGACUUUUUAACAACAAACAGUUAAAAAGUCGGUUAACGUAGCUUAAUGUAUACACGUUUAUAUUCUCUAUAUUAUUUUGCGAUGACUAUGCAUUUAUUUGCAAUUUUAUUUAUUUUAUGUCAAAUCUGAAUAAAUAAUGUUUUAAAA